AUGUCUGUACCCAGAACUAUUGAAAUGAAAAAACCACCUCUAACUAGAGACAAGGAAAAUCAAUACCUAAAAAGCCAGGCAAGGGAGCUAUACCAAAGACAUUUAGUGGACUCAGAGAAGAUUCGACGGCUGCAUGACCUGGUAUCUCAAGGACGUGAGGAUGCUUCCAAGGCUGAUAGGCUGCACCAUGAGGAGUUGACAAAACUAUACAACAAGAUAAAUUCACUUCAGAUGAGACGGGAAAGCUUAGAGGAUAUACAAGUACUUGACAAAAUGCGUAUUCUAAACCAAAAUCUGGAAUUGUGGAUCCAGUCUAAUUUCAAGGAUGUCAAGCGACUUGCUGGUCUAGGGCAGCCUGACGUCCAAUUUCCGCGCAGUUCUCUUCAGUGCCGAGCUUGGAUCCAAGGGUGUGUCACAGAGAUGAUAUACGAUUCAAUCUUUUCCCCAUUCUACUUUGGACUACCGGAUGAUCCAUGGGGCCAGAUCAUCGAGUUCAUUAAGGCUGGCGUUGGGAAGACGCGUGCGUGA